AUGAAUUUGAAGAAACCCCAUUUGGGUUUUGUGUGUAUCUUGAUACUCUUGUCCCAUGUUGUUUCUGUAUACUCUCAGGGUAGUGCUGCUACAGACGCUGCAGUGAUGCAAGAAUUGAAGAAGCUAAUCAAUCCACCGAGCUCACUGAGCUGGAAUGACCCAGACCCCUGUAUGUGGGGUAAAGUUCAGUGUACUAAGGAUGGUCGCGUAACUAGAAUUCAAGUAGGGGAUCAAGGGCUAAAAGGUUCUCUCCCACCAAACAUGAAUAAACUCACAGAAUUGCUAGUGUUUGAAGUUCAAAGAAAUGCACUUACUGGGGCGCUCCCGAGUUUUGCUGGGUUGAACUCAUUGCAGAGCAUUCUUCUUAACGGUAAUAAGUUCACUUCAAUUCCUAGCGACUUUUUUGAUGGUAUGACUAAUUUGCAAUCUGUUUACUUAGAUGCCAAUCCCUUUUCGCUGUGGUCUGUACCAGAAAGUCUGAAAAGUGCUUCUUCUCUUCAAACAUUCUCUGCUUAUUCUGCUAAUAUUACUGGUAAAAUACCUGAUUUCUUUGGUGGAGAUACCUUUUCUAGUUUAACAAAUUUGCAUUUGUCCUUUAAUAAUUUGGAGGGUCCUCUGCCCUCGAGCUUUUCGGGUUCUUCUAUCCAAUCGUUGUGGUUAAAUGGUCUUAAAGGUAAGUUGAAUGGCUCAAUAGCUGUGGUACAGAACAUGACCAGCUUAACCCAGCUCUGGUUGCAUGGCAAUGAGUUUACAGGCCCUUUGCCUGAUUUUUCGGGAUUGACUCAGUUGCAAGAUUGUAGUUUGAGAGAUAAUAGUUUCACUGGUCCAGUGCCAUACUCUUUGGUUAAUCUUCCUUCGUUAAAGGUGGUUAAUUUGACAAACAACUUUUUGCAAGGCCCUACGCCGAAAUUUCCAUCUUCAGUGCUAGUGGAUAUGUUGGAUGAUACAAAUAGUUUUUGUUUGUCACAGCCUGGUCCUUGUGACUCACGGGUUAAUACACUGUUGGCUGUGGCUAAGGAUGUGGGGUACCCCAGGGAGUUUGCUGAGAAUUGGAAGGGGAAUGAUCCUUGUUCGUCUUGGAUGAGCAUAACUUGUGAUGGUGGAAACAUUACAGUGCUGAAUUUUCAGAAAAGAGGACUUACUGGGACAAUCUCUCCCAACUACUCGUCCAUUACAUCAAUACAGAAGUUGAUCCUAGCAAACAAUUUUCUUACAGGAACUAUUCCAAGUGAGCUUGCAUUGCUGCCAAACUUAAGGGAAUUGGAUGUUUCUAACAAUCAACUUUAUGGAAAAAUCCCACCAUUUAAGAGCACUGUAGUGGUUAAAACUGAAGGCAAUGUCAAUAUUGGGAAAGAUAAGCCACCUAGACCAAUGUAA